CCAACAAAGAUAUGAGGAUCUUCACAAAGCUCUCUGCACCACUCUGCCUCCUUUUUGUCUUCCUCUGUCUUAAAACUGCCUUCUCAUCCUCUAUACAUGCUUCUUCCUUCUCAACAACACAUCUCUGCUCUCAUGAGGAGGCUCUUGCUUUGCUGCAAUUCAAGACAUCCUUCUCCAUCAAUUACACUGUUCUUUAUGCAGAUAAUUGUGUGGAUUUUUUUUAUACUAAACCUAAUUAUUCUAAGAUUGAGUCAUGGAAGGAAGGUAUAGACUGUUGUUCCUGGGAUGGGGUUAGCUGUGAUAAUGUCACAGGCCAUGUAAUUGCCCUUAAUCUCAGCUGCAGUUUCCUUUAUGGCACCUUUCCUUCCAACAGCACUCUUUUCUUCCUCAGAAACCUGCAGAGCCUCAAUCUAGCCUUGAAUGAUUUUAGGCUUUCCAAGAUUCCAUCAGAAAUCAGUCAAUUUACUAGACUAAAGCAUCUUGAUGUCUCUUUUUCUCGAUUUUCAGGCCAAGUUCCAAGAGAAAUUGCUCACCUCAUCAAGUUAGUUUCUCUCAAUCUCUCUAAUUAUUACGAUUCUUCUGACUUGAUCCUUGAAACAACUACCUUCAAAAAUCUUGUUCAUAACUUGAGUGAGGUGAGAGAACUUGUGCUUAGUGGAGUGAACAUGACAUCUGUUAAUCCUCGUUUCUUCAUGAAUCUCUCUUCUUCAUUGACUACUCUUGAACUUUUCGAGACUAUGUUAAGAGGGAACUUUCCAAAUAGUAUUUUCUGCUUUCCAAAUCUCAAGAAUUUUUAUUUAAAUGGAAAGCGAGACCUCACUAUUGAUCUUCCAAGUUCCAAUUGGAGCAGUCCUCUCCAGUGGUUGUAUUUAGGUGGUGUGGAUUGUGGAAGGCGAUUGCCAGAGUCUAUAGGAGAUCUAAAGUCAUUACAGUCUCUGAGUCUUGGCUGCAACUUGGAAGGUUCCAUUCCAGCUUCCAUAGGGAACUUAUCUCAACUAAUUCGCCUAAGCCUCUUUUCUAACAAUUUCAACGGACAAAUCCCAACAACACUUGGAAACCUCACACUACUCACCUCUCUUGACCUUUCAAAUAAUCAGUUUUCUGGUCCCAUUCCAGCUUCCAUAGGGAACUUAUCUCAACUUACUUACCUAAUCCUCUCUUAUAAUAAUCUUAAUGGACAAAUCCCAUCAUCACUUGCAAACCUCACACAACUUCCCUAUCUCUUCCUUUCUUAUAACUUGCUUAAUGGCACAUUGCCACCUUGGAUUUUCACCCUACCUUUUUUAGAGCAGUUAUAUCUCAAUCAUAACCAAUUUCAAGGUCAAAUAAAUCAAUUCCAGCAAAACCCACUCACACUCCUAGAUUUGUCAAACAAUGAACUCCAGGGCUCAAUUCCUAACUCAAUUGCUAAUUUAGUAAAUCUUAGUUAUCUCAAUUUGUCAUCAAAUCAUUUUAGUGAUUUAAUAGUACCUGACAUGUUCUCGAUGCUUCAAAAUCUCGAAAUUCUUGACCUUUCUCAUAACAAUUUAAUUGGGAAGAUUCCAAAUUGUCUUCCUAAGUCUCUCUCAGUGUUGAAUUUGCAGGCCAAUUACUUUGAUGGAAAUAUACCAUUUGGGUUUCCAGAGGGUUGUGGAUUACGAAAUCUCAACUUACAUGGAAAUCAAAUGGACGGUUUAUUACCAAGGUCUUUGGUGAAUUGUCGCAUGUUAGAGGUUCUAGAUGUUGGCAACAACAACAUAAGUGAUACAUUCCCUCAUUGGUUGGAAUCUCUACCAGAGCUUCAAGUGCUUGUCUUAAGGUCCAACAAGUUUCACGGUUUCGUGCAUAGCACCAAAGAAGGUCCAUCUUUUCCCAAGUUGCGAGUUCUGGACCUCUCUAGCAAUUAUUUUGUUGGUGCUUUGCCUCUUCGGUACAUUGAAAAUUUUAAUGCGAUGAUGGACCCUCAUAGAGAUGGUGGUUCCCCUGAAUACAUGAUGGUGUCGACGAUAGCCAAUUCUUAUCAAUGUUCAUUGGUUGUGACAUGGAAGGGAUUCGACUAUGAGCUGCAGGGAAUCUUGACCAUAUUUAGUACUAUUCAUCUCUCAAAUAACAAGUUUGAGGGAGAAAUUCCAGAUGUUAUUGGAAAGCUUAGUUCUCUCAAAGGGCUUAAUCUUUCUCAUAACAACCUUACUGGUCAUAUCCCAUCGUCACUAGGGAAUUUGACGAAUCUGGAAUGGUUGGAUCUCUCUUCCAACGAGCUGACAGGGAAAAUUCCUGAUGAAUUGGUAUCUUUGACACAACUCUCUGUAUUGAAUCUUUCAAAUAAUCAUCUUGUCGGGCACAUACCACAGGGUAGUCAGUUCAACACCUUUGGAAAUGGUUCUUAUGAAGGAAACCUUGGACUGUGUGGAAUCCCAUUGUCAAAAUCUUGUGAUGGAAUUGGGACACCGCCGAGCUCCUUCCAAGAAAAAGAUUAGUUGUGGAGAUUUGGCUGGAGAGUUGUGGUGUUAGGCUAUGGAUGUGGAGUUGUUUUUGGACUGCUGAUGGGAUUUCUUGUCUUCCGUACAGGAAAACCAAAAUGGUUUGUGUCUUUGUUUGAUGGCCGACCAAGUCAAAGUGGAAGGAAGAUGAGGAAAGCCAAAAGACUUGUUCAAAGAAGAAGCUAGUUGCAGAGUUGAUGUUUUAGAGCUUCUGAUUUAAUGUUUCCUAAAUAAGUGUUUUUCGGGUUUGAAGUUCUUGUUAUGGUUGGCAUUGGCUUGUCUAAAAUUGUCAGCCUUCUCUUGUCUUUAUUAUGCUUUGUAAAUUUGUCUUUCUUUAUUGUAAAAUAUAUUUGAAGGUUCAAG